UGAAGCUCUGCCAGACAAAAUCCAGGCACUGAAGGACUACCCUGCUCCCAGUUCCUUCAAGCAGUUACGCCGAUUUCUUGGCCUGGUUAACUAUUAUAGACGUUUUAUUCCUAACUGUGCGAGCAUUGUUCAACCAAUGACUGACUUGCUCCGCGGUAAACAACGGUCUUUUCACUUUACAGACGACGCUAAAUUGUCUUUCGAGAAGCUUAAAGACGCUAUCUCCAACAUAGCGCUUCUCGCCCAUCCAGACACGUCUGCAUCACUCUCUCUGACAACUGACGCAUCCGACACUGCCGUCGGUGCAGUUCUUCAACAACUCAUCGACCGUCGAUGGAUACCUCUAGGUUUCUUCUCAAAGCGCUUACAACCUGCCGAAUCGCGAUACAGCACCUUCGGUAGGGAAGUGUUAGCUAUCUACCUAGGUACCCGACAUUUCCGUCACUACCUCGAAGGUCGACAUUUCACCGUCUUCACCGACCACAAGCCAUUGAUCUACGCAAUCAAUGGCGCAACAGACAAGUACUCGCCGCGGGAAACUAGACACCUAGACUACGUUUCUCAGUUUACGACAGACGUACGUCAUGUCUCAGGUGCUCUCAAUCCCGUCGCGGAUGCGCUUUCACGCAUUCAACAGAUCAGCUUAUCGCCUGGCGCCAACAUUGAUCUAGCCGCUAUGGCUGCUGCCCAACAAGCUGAUCCCGACAUAAGCAAGCCACGACGCAACACCACUGAGACGAUCACCAUUGAUCGACUCAAGCCAGCAUUCUUCGACAAGUCUGACUCGCCGGUGCAACAAGCACCUUCACAGCCUGUGCCAUCACAGCCGGCACCGCAACCUCAGACGAGUCAGUCCGGUCCAGCAGAUCCGACAACCCCAACCGACAGCACUCCUACCCGCCCUACUCUCAAUCAACGCGGUAGGAAGCUCAAACCUAAGGUUCGUUUUUCGGACUCCGUUCGCACUUACUUUUUUACGUAGAACGUGCCUUCGAAAUUUUCUGCUCUUACUAAACGUUUUUGAAAAUCCACAAAAAAGACCAAAACGUUUUGAAAUUACCAAAAAAGAGCAAAAUCUAUUGAAAACCCAAAAACAGCUUUGCACGUUUUUCGCUUUGCACUCUUUUGUGUAUUGCUAUGCAUUUAUGCUGUUUUUUCAUUUUGCUUUCCAUAUACACCGUCGGUUGGUUGCACCUCGGUUUCACUUUCGCUGGAUCUCCGCACGUCAACUGGAAGUUCAACAAUCUUCCUGCUCAACUGCUUACGUGAACUUUAUUAACUGUCCCCCCACAAACAGUUUUUUUACCGUUUCGACACCGUAGGGAGGACACGGGUGGGAGCCCGCUAGGGUCCGAUUGCAUGGUUCUCCCCCAGCAGCUGCAUCGGGUUUCACAACCUGGUCUCGCAGAAGGCUGGCCCGCGACGGACAGUCCUCACGUAGAUCGAAGGACUGCUUACACAGUCCCUUCUGGGAGAGGGCUAUGUAGCAGUCUGGAGAUUCCCCGGUUUGCUUGUGUAAAAUUCUAACCAAAAUUCUAUAAUUGUACACUUAGGCAACCGGUGUGGUUUGUUGAACUGCUUGCUGAGUUCGAAUGCUUUACUUGCU